AUGAAGAGGCAGCAGAUUGGGGUGGUUAGGCUGAAUGUGGGCCCUGAAUGGGGUGAGGGAAAGCCGGUUGUUCUUUUCGAGGGCUGGAUUGGGAUUGGGAAAAGCGGGAGACCAGGUGCUGAGCUUCAUUUGAGGGUGAAGUUGGACCCUGAUCCAAGAUAUGUGUUUCAGUUUGAGGACGACACUAAAUUGAGUCCCCAGAUUGUUCAGCUUCAGGGCAACGUGAAGCAACCUAUUUUUAGCUGCAAGUUCAGUCGAGACAGGGUAUCCCAGGGGGACCCACUCUGGUCGAGUGCCGCCGACCAAGACAGCGAGAGACGAGAAAGGAAAGGUUGGAGAGUGAAAAUACACGACCUCUCGGGCUCAGCAGUUGCUGCCGCUUUCAUAACGACCCCGUUCGUCCCCUCCACGGGCUGCGACUGGGUGGCCAAGUCCAACCCAGGCGCCUGGCUCAUCGUCAGGCCCGAUUCUUGCCGGCCCGAGAGCUGGCUCCCUUGGGGAAAACUCGAGGCUUGGCGUGAACGUGAACGUGGGAUUCGGGACUCCAUCUGCUUCCGUUUUCACGUCUUCGCUGAGGGUGGGGAGUUUCUGAUUUCGGAAAUCCUGCUCAGUGCCGAAAAGGGUGGGGAGUUUUUCAUAGACACUGACCAGCAGGCCCGGACAGGGGCUGACCCGAGCCCGCAGAGCAGCGGGGACUUUGCAGCCUUGAGCCCAGUGGCAGGUGGGUUCGUGAUGAGGUGUCGGGUACAAGGGGAGGGCAAACCGAGCAAGCCCUUGGUGCAGCUGGCCAUGAGGCACGUGACGUGCGUGGAGGACGCGGCUAUAUUUAUGGCGCUUGCUGGGGCUGUUAAUCUGAGUAUCGAGGCGUGUAGAACCUUCCGAAAGAAGGUUCGAAUAGGGGCUCAUUCUUGGUGA